AUGGCAUACGCUGGUGAGUCAGAGCCUAUGUAUUACGAGGGGCACGAGGCGCCGUUGCGAUAUGACAGUGAUGGGCGCGGGCAGGAGCAUGGCAACGAAGAACAGCAUCAGGAGGACCAUGCUAUCGGCAUCGCACAGUCGUCGCGGAGUAUAUUGGACCAGGUGGACGACUUCUUGAACGAUCAUCAGAAUGAGCGCGAACACACGGCGGAAGGCGAGAUCAAGGAUGGGUUGCCGUCGUCGCAUUCACAAAGCACGACAUGGAUGCCAUCGGGAAUGCAGGUGGACCUGGAUCACCUCUCGGAAACUCUGUUCACGCAUCCACACGCAAAUGAGCACAAUGACGACCACGAUAUGGAGCUGAGCAUGGGUUUGGACCUGGAUAAGGAGAAAAACGGAUCUCACCACAGCCAUAGUCUUGCCCAUGGCCCAGCAGUGAGGCCCCAUCAUAUAAGACCGGACCUAGUGGCCUCUCCAAUGGUAUCUCCGAUGAUAACGGCAACGGAAACACAUCUGCAAAUUGACACGCCCUUUUUAGGGCACAGCAACGGUCAUAUACCGAGUGGUUACGGCCAGGACGGCGGGCAUGGCUUGGCGCACGGAAGCGACCAUCUGUAUUCGCUGCCAAACGGUGGAAACCAAUGGAAACCGAAGACCCUGGCUUCGCAGAGUCAGUUUUCUCCCCUGAGUUCACCAGCAUUGACAGCCAUAGAUAAUGCUCAAAGGAUCAAUUUUGCAUUACCGGAAUCCACCUUGAGCUCAGCAUCUAUGAGGAAGAAAACAACGCGAUCAAAUAAAAGAAGAACUCCAUCAAACUCAACGAAUUCAUCUUCUUCAUCAUCAACGACAAAAGUGGCUAAAAAUAGCCCGAGGUUGAGCGCAAAUCCAUCAUCAAGUUCAAAACGACAUUCAAAAGCUUCCCCGAUUACGUCAAAUGCAAACGGUAAUUCUUGGGAUGAUCUUAUAUUCAGAUUACCCGAAAGUAGCAUCGAAGUGGAUCAUCACAAUAUUGCAAAUAAUGUAACUACAGAUGGUGAAACUCCGCAAUCUUCUUCUGGAAGAAUGUCAUCAUCGCCAGAAUCAAGAAUGACCCCUGCAACACUUAUGAACUAUCCAAAGGUUAUAUUACCUUCAAAUACGAUUAGUGCUUCAAGAAUUGAUCAUUCAAUGAGUCCGCAUGAUUUUACGAAGAAUAAUAUUGGCGAAUAUAGUACCAAUGCUAAUAGUAAUGACAGCAAUAAGAGCUACACUAAUGACAGGAACAGUAAUAAUAGUAGUAAUAAUGAUGGUGAUAAUAACAAUAACAAUAACAAUAACAAUAACAGUAAUAAUAAUAAUGAGGAGAAUCACAACCACACUCACAAGCACCACAGUAACCCCAAUAGCAGCAAUGCUAACAGCAAUAAUAGUAGCCUAAAUGGGGCCCAUGUUAUAAGAGCUACGGAAUCACCUGUAAUCAAACCCAAACCAUCGAUUCCCUUAUCAAGAAAUGGAAGCAAAGUCAAGGUGAUAGAUGAACAACCUACUCCAUCGACAUCCACGAUAGCCCAAACAAUGGUUGCUCCUGAAAAACAACGGAGAACGUCUAGAUCGAAGAGAAAGGCAAGUGUUUCGUCAUCGAUAAAUGGAGGCGGCGGAAGCAGCGAUGACGGCGAUCAAUUAAAGAAAGAAGUCCACAAGGCUGCCGAGCAAGGUCGCAGAAACAGGCUUAAUGUUGCACUAAAUGAUCUUGAUUCAUUAUUACCAUUGAAUUUAAAGGAGUCGAUUACAAUUCCUUCGAAGGCAACAACAGUGGAAUUGGCUUGCAGUUUUAUAAGACAACUUUUGGAAGCGGAAAAAAAUUCCUCCACAUCUUAA